GAUUAGUCUUCAGAAUCGAAAGGUUUUAAUAAAUAAUACGAUAUCGUACAACCGAUAGAGAUAAAAUUGAGUUUUCCAUUCCAAUAUGUUCAAGCCUUCGAGGACCAGCGGGUGGCGGCCCCGUAGCAAGAUCGACUUAAACUCAAGCCAGCGGAGGAUCGCCGGCUUCCAAGGUUGCUUGUCUUCAAGACCACCGUGGCUCUUCCGAAUCUUCCUCAUUUAUUAAUUAAAUCUUUAAUUCGAAACCUUCAGCAGACACUUCGUCAUCCCGCCAGAUCGGCGGCGUGUCCUACCCAUCAUGACAAUCCAGGGACGAAGCAUUCUUUCCGGCGCCCUGAUCGCCUCGUGCCUGUCUCAAAUUUCGGCUGCGGGGAGAGCUGAUGGCUAUACACACGGGCAGCCGAUGCCAGUGACCUGUUUGAAUCGGACAAUUGACUCCGGCGAACAUAUAACGGACGACCUGGGGAAACUCCAAUUUAUCCCCUUCCCUACAUGCAAAGAGACCUCCGCACCACUCGCCUUCCGCUACGGCGCCUCCGAAUCGGUCAAUUGCACCAUCGACUCCCUCCCCGAUGAGCUCUACCACCUCCUCGAGUAUUACGUCCACUCCGAUGUCCCCAUGACAUGCCGUGUGCCGACGGCACCCCUAUCCCCAACGGGCUUUGGCUCCACCCCCGACACGAAGGCCGAAGACGAGAAGAAGCAGCAACAGGAAUCGGAGGGGGAAGGAGGGAGCGAUAAAAACGAGAUUAAGAGCACCAUUUCCGUACUGGAUGAUGAGGGCCCGGCGUACACGCCUAUUACGUUUGCGAUCCAGGGGACUCUGCAGAGGAGCCACUUGCAUAUUUGGACGGAUAUGAAUGUGAUUGCGCACAAUAUCCCGCAGUUGCCUGAGAAGAAGAAGGCGAAGAAGGGCACGACGAAGCAGGGGUAUAUCGUUGCCGGCACGGCGUAUUCGGUUCCGGAGUUUGAGUACUCGCUUCUACACGGGAAGGGGAAGAAGGACGAUGGGGAGACAACAGACGAGGAGAAGGAGGCUUCUGCUGUUGCCGAGGCGGCGCGCGAGCCCUGGACUGCUGGGCAUGGCACGAAGGUUAUUCGUGGAGAGCCGUUGACUUUUACCUUCCAUGUUAGUUGGAUUGAAGGUGGGAGGGGAAUUGGGUGGCCUGGGCGCGAUAAUUCCGCUUCAUCCUCUGUAUUUGCGUGGUUAUUCUCAAAGAUGUUCUUCUUCGGAAUCGCUGCCUCGGUUGGUGCGUUGGCUGCGCUUUAUUGGGAACGAAAUGGGAAUGGGGUGAGACGGCGUGCCUGGAAGGGAGAUGGGAUUCUGGGUGUGCCGAGUAUUGGGAAGGGUGCUGUUGGGGUUUCGUUUGGGAACGGAGGGAAGGCAAAUGGGUAUGGAGGAUAUUCGGCUGGUAGCUUGGGAGGUGGAUAUGGGGGAUUCCCUACUGGGAAAAGAGAUUAAUGCACUCCGGCAGCUUUGUUAUAUCUUUGUUGUAUUAUGCGGAGAAAUAUGUGGAUUGGAUAUAGACUGUUUGGUGGUCACUUUGUAUCUAACCAGUAGCAAAAGAACGGUUUUAUCUAGCGUACAA